ACUUUAUAAACCAGAUCAAAUUUAAAGUCAUUAAUGCGUGUCUAGCCACCUAGCAGACUUAUAACAAAGUUAAUGACAAAAAUUUUCAACAUGAUAAUUGGCAUUAAUAGGCGGUUACCUUAUCAGCAUUUUACUGUAGAAAUCUAUUUUACCAUUGCGCGUAGUCAUAUAGAUAACUAGUGAAGUGAACAAUUUACGAUUUUCGAAAAACAAAUUAUAGAUUACCCGAUUUUGUAUCACUAUGGAAACAGCAUAACAAUUUUUAACAACGCCUAGAAUUAUAAUGUGAAAUAUUUAAAAUUAUUUAUCAAAUGAAUAUGGUUAAAAUAAGUUAUUGAUGAUAUACAUUAAUUAAAAUAUAUAUUCAUUGACAAAAAUGAAGUUGAAAUCUAAAGAAAUUAGUAAAAAGUCAUCAGUUACAGCUUUGACACUUUGCAUUUCUGAAAAUACAUUUAAUCGCUUAAAUGAAUACACAACUGAAGCUGAACGUAUAAAUUUAAUUGCUGAAAAGAAGGCUAAAAAAUUAGCAGAACUUAAAAAUGCUUCGAAUGAAUUAAGUAAAGAUUGGCCUGAUGCCAUUGCCAAUAUUACAAAAAAACGUCGGGAAGAAUUGUUAUCAAGAAAACGGCGAGUUAAUGAAGAAAAUGUGAAAUUACUAAAACAACUUGCCGAUGAAAACCUCAAGGAACGUAUGAAAAUUGUUAAAGAAGCACAAAAAUUAAUUUUAUAUAAGAAACCUCAAUGCAGGCUCAUUAAUUCUGCUCUUUUUACUUCUGAGUGUUUUAGAGAGUUACAAGCCCAGAUAGAGUUUAAUAAAAUGAUCAAAAAUAUUGACAAUGAGCAAAAUCAAGAAUAUAUCGAAAAACUAAGAAAAGAUACUGAAGACUUUGAUAAUGAGAAGCAAAUCGCAGCUAAAAAAUUGUGGGAAAAAAAAGAAAAUUAUAGAAAUGAAUUAAAAACACAGAUUGAAAAUUCGGAGUCUAAUUUAAAGAAAAUAGAAUCUUUUGAUAGAAAUGCUGAUAAAAAAGAUCUAGAUAAUGUAAUUGAAGAAUUGAAACUAAUCGAACAAUGCGAAGCUGAACAGAUGAGAAACAAGAAGCAAAAGUUACAGGAAAUGUUUUUAGAGUCAAUUAAAAAUAAGGAAUUAGAACAGGAGAGACUUAAAAAUCAUGAUAUUUCAGUAAAUAAUCUAGUAGAAGCUUAUGCUAAAGCAAAAGAUCAUUUAAAUGAGAUGACUCAGGCAAAGUGGAAAGAAAUUCAAGCAGAAAAAAUACGUCGCUCAGAAUUGAUGGCAAAAAAAUGUGCUGUUAUUUGGGAGACCGAUGAAAAAGAAAGUGAAGACCGUUUACAAAAAGCGAUUCAGGAGCGAGAAGAAAUUGAAAUUGAAAAAAUGAAAGCAAGAGAAAAUAAAAAACAAAAAUUGAAAGCAGAUAUCGAAAAAUAUCAAGCUGAACAUGCAGCGACUAUUGAAAAAAGGAAACAGGAAGAAGAAAAUGAAAAAAAAUGGGAAGCCUACCAAAGAUACAAAAGGGAUGAAUACAAUAAAGAAAUAAAACUUAAAGAAAUGCAAAAAGAACAGAUUGAAAAGAAGAAAAUUGCUCAAGAUUUGAAAACUCAAAUGAAAGAACAAGAGGAUCUGCGCAGAGAAGAAAUGAUAAAAAAUGAUGAUUCAAUAUACACAACGGAAGCUCUCAAAAAGAUUAAUGAAAAAGUUUUGGCUUAUGGAGAAGAAGUCUUAGAAGAAUCUAGAGGCGUUCGCCCUCUAUUUCCCAUAAUAAAAGUUAUCGAGCAAUUCAAAAAAGAAAAUAAAUUUUUACUACCAACGAAAUAUGAACAACAUGAUUCGCCAAAGCAAAAAUGUGGAAUAAGAAAAAUUAAAUCAAAGCAAUUCUGUUCGAAUAAGAAAUGCAUUUCAAACAAUUUUGUGCAAAUAAAAGAAUAAAAUUAA